AUGAUCCAGUAUGCAAACUAUCUGCCUGAUGAGCUGCUACUUGAGGUUUUGGUGCAUCUCGAGAGGUGGGAGAUACGCGAGAGGCAAACAGCACUAGCCCGCUUUUCUGCGGUCAACAGACAAUGGUACGACGUAGCAAUCCGGCCUCUCUACGAAGCACCUUAUUUAUCCGGUCGUGCAUAUGAACUUUUCGUCCGGACAAUAUGCCCCUCCGUCCUCGCGCACAUAAAGCCAACCGCGCUGUCGGGCCUCGUAAAGGCUCUAGACUUGUCUCACAUAGUGCAUCAAGGGAGCAAGUCUACCACAGCAAGAUUACUUGGACGCACCAAGACAUCUCUCCAAAUCUUCAUAGCGCCACAAGCCAGCUUUGCCAUCAACUGCUGGGCGAGUCUAAGUAAAUGCGUGCGACUACGCGUUCUCGACCUGAGCCUCGUAUCCGAGUGUAUCAGCUUCCAGAGUUUAAAUCAAACAGUACGUCAGCUAGGCGACUUGCGGGAACUGUAUUUGCCGCGGUGCUCGUCGAAUUACGAGGGGAUCACGCUGUCCAUGAACGUUCGAUGGCCGCCGAAACUACAACAUCUUUCCCUUUCAGGCUCCGUUUCUGGAAAAUUCCUCUGGGACAUGUUACGUCAGCCGGAUAACUUCCCGCCCACCUUUGCUUCGCUCAGUAUCCUUCAUAGUCCUGCGCUCGAUCAUCAAGGCAUCAAGGCACUCUUGUGCAAUUUGGCCGACAGUCUCACCGUCGUUGAACUCCGCGACCUUCCAAUCGUCAAGCAAGGUCGAUUCAAUCGUGUAUUGGAUUGGCUGCCCAAUCUAACUUCUCUGACUGUUGCGCUUGAUUACAUAGACACACGAUUUGGGAACAUGCCUCCAGACUUCUGUCCUGGGCGCUGGCGUGAGUCCAAGUCAUUACAAAGCCUCACUCUUGUCACUUCUGGAAAAACGGGCGAUCCGUCCCGAAGCUUCACGGCGAUUGACUUAUAUUCGUUGAUGGAUGAACGGUUCUUGGGUCGUUUGCGAUAUUUAAAUAUAGCACAAAGUACCGAUUGGGAAAAUGAAAAUGAAGGGGCAGAACUUGAUAAGGAGAACUGGAUGCAUAGGCGGUGGCACUACGAAGGUUUGACAUACCCAGGCACAGCAGAGAUGACAUAUGAGCGAUGGACGGCGGAAACAGGAAUGGGUCAGAGGAUGAGACCUCGGUUGAGAAUAUUGAGAAACCGAUGA